UUAAAAAAAAAAAAUCUAAUGUGUAGCAUAGCCCACAUAGAACCCUUUAAUACCUUUUUCAUAGCCUUCAAUUUGCACAACGUUUGAAGGACAACAAUGGCCAGAAUGUGAAAAAAACGUCUUUUUUCGAAAAAAAAAAACAAAACAAAAAAAACCAGAAAACAAAAAUUGGCCUUUUACUCCAACUAAUCGAUCAACCGAAGAAAUAAUCGACAGAUUAAUCGAUUAUUAAAAUAAUCGAUAAUUGCAGCCCUAAUUCAGGUGUUGAUUGUACUUUGUUUGCAAACAACAAAAUUCACAUAUCAUUUUACAUGUGAAUUGUCUGCACAAAAUUUCAUAAAUCAUAUUACAGUGGAUUUUUGACUAUGAAGCACAGCAUGAAAGGUGCUUAUAAUCAUUAACACGAUUAAUGAUUGAUUUUAUUGCUAUUGUGACUUCUACACUCCUAAACUUUCACCACACUUCCUGUAAACAAGGCACUCGGUGAUAUGUCCUGGACCGCUAACCAUCCGAUCACUGCUGCUCUGAGGAAACAAUUUACAAUUCUUUAAAAACAACUCUCCUAGGAAUUUACCAUGAGCAACCCGCAGAUGCUGAAGGAACUGACUGAUUUAAAGAACUCUAGUUUUGGUAAACCUUAUCCAAGACACGGCCUCAAGCUGCUGUACUGGUUUGCUAACGAGUUCAUGUUUUUUAACAACAACAAUAAGAUGUGCUGCCAGUACAAUCCAAGAAACAAAUUUUACGGCUUUCAUCGAUUUAAGAACAAAGAGGAUAAAAAUGGGGUUAAACUCCUGCCUGAUGUCAACCUCACCUACUACGUGGUGGGCAAUCUGAACAGUGAAGGAGCAGACGAGCUGCCCGAUUACGUCCGGGAAGAUUACAGUUGCUUUAGAAAGGAUAACAACAUGGACCGCAUCAUAGUCAGCGUUGAGGAUCAGUGCAUUGAAAGCGUCUAUGUGACUGAGCACAGUGAUCGGACAGAUUUCAACAAGGAAGCCACGUACUGCAUCAGCAAGGAGAUCUUUAUGAUCAUGAGGGAGCUGACCUUAGAGGAGUUUCUCUUGAAAACUGGGUAUUCAAGUUCACAAGUCGAGUACGGUCAGAGAGCUGGGAUUUCGAGGCCUCAAGAGGACAACAGUCAAAGAACUUGGUUUUCAAGACCUCAAGAGGACAAUGGUCAGAGCACUGGGAUUUCAAGACCUCAAGAGGACAACAGUCAAGGAAUUUGGUUUUCGAGACCUCAAGUGGACAAUGGUCAGAGAACUGGGAUUUCAAGACCUCAAGAGGACAAUAGUCAGAGAACUGGGAUUUCAAGACCUCAAGAGGACAAAAGUCUAAGAAGUUGGUUGUCAAGACCUCAAGAGGACAAUGGUCAGAGAACUCGGAUUUCCAGAACUAAAGAGGACAAUGGUCAGAAAACUCGGAUUUCAAGACCUCAAGAGGAGAACAGUCAGAGAACUCGGAUUUCAAGACCUCAAGAGGACAACAGUCAGAGAACUCGGAUUUCAAGACAUCAAGAGGACAACAGUCAGAGAACUCGGAUUUCAAGAUCUCAAGAUGACAAUAGUCAGAGAACCGGGACUCCGCGACCUCAAAAGGACAAGGGUCAGAGAACUUGGUUUUCCAGAAAGCAAGAGAGCACUAAUCCAAGUUCUCAGGAGGAUGAUGUCACCAAUUUAUUUGAUGAUAACGAAUCAACAAACUGCUGCAGAUGUGUCAUACUUUAGACUCUCUGUAUGUGUAAUAUAUCAUCAAACAUACACAAACUGUACAGGAAUUUGAAAGGCAUGAUCACAUGAUUUCUGUCAGUUCUAAAAAAUCCUACAACAGCUAAUCUGAUGUCUUGCUCUAACCCUAACUGUAGCCCUUCAUCCAAGUGAUUACGUAUCGAUUACGUAUUACAUAUUGAUUAGUGAUUACGUAUUAGAACGCAGAAUCUGACGUCUAUACUAUAUAAACUAUAUGCAAUGAGUGAUAUUUUCAGCUAUGACAUACCACUGCAAUUUGAAAUGUUUUCUUAAGUAUUGCAAUUUUCCCCCCACAAAAACGCUGGUUUUAAAGUAAUCUGCCCCCUAC